AUGGUAAACUUCUGUCACAGGGACCUUGUCGCGGUGAUGUUGGGCCUGCGGGGGGAGGGCAGAUACGAAGACAUUGUGUUCUGCUCUGCCUACUUUCCGUUUGACUCGGCGUUGCCGCCGCCCACGGGGGUACUGAGGAAGCUGGUUCGCUACUGUAAAAGCAAUGGGCUGCCACUCAUCGUGGGCUGCGACGCAAACGGGCAGAACGUGGUUUGGGGCAGUCAGAACAACAACGCCAGAGGCACAUCCCUCUUGGAAUACCUCGCAGACGUGGAUCUGGAGAUCCUAAACAGGGGAUCCAGUCCCUCGUUCGUCACUUCUCGCUGCCAAUGUGUCAUCGACAUCACGCUGUGUGAUAGGAGGCUAGCGAAACGGAACCCCAGGACUACCGAUUGCACCUCUUUCAAAGAGGAGCUGGAGGCAAGGUUGGGGGAACGGCGGUUGAGGCCCAGCAACGUGCGCAGAUUAGAGGAUGAAGUGGACACAAUCCACGACGCCCUGAUCGGCGCCUUCCACAAGGCAUGCCCGAUAAAAGCGAGCAGGCAGGGGAAAAAAGUGGCAUGGUGGAGCCGUAAACUGAAUAGACUCAGAGUGCUGCCGAGGAGACUCUGGAACCAUGCCUACAGAACAAAGAGCCAUGAAGACUGGAUUCAGUACAGAAAUGUGCAGAGGGAGUACAAAAGACUCAUCAAAAAAUCAAAGGAAACCGCCUGGAAGGAAUUCUGUGAUGACCUGGAGGCCCUACCACAGGGACCCAGGUUUCGCAGGGCCUUUUCAGGGGACCAACGCAAGGGCUGGGGGAGAUCAUACUCCCUAAUGGGGAGAUCAUCACACAGCCCAGCGACAUCCUGGAACAUCUGA